AGGGCCACAAAAGCGAAACUUGCAAAGUAGUCGUGCCGGGGUGUUUGUUGUGUGGGCAGAGUGGCCGGAGUGGUUCUCUCUCGUGGGCCGUCGAGCUGCGUUACGAGCGCUCUCCGCUGGCUUUCUCUUCAGUUGCAAUUCAUUGCCCUACUCGGCAGGGUCAUGCAGCAGUCUCCGAGCAAGAGCGAUGUGCGCACCCGCGUUAUAACGUCCCGGGCCGACCCGGGGUCCCGCACUGUCCAGCAUACGACUCGCGUGGUCCGGCAGACGACUUCGUCCGGCCCGCGGGCCGAGAAUCGGACCGUCACCCAGACCACCGUUACUUCCUCCAAUCAGGCUUUGGCUCCUCAGGUUCGCACGGUCACGCGGACCACUACCAGGGUCGUUACCGGAUCGCCGACCAAGAGGACAAAGAUCUCAGACAUUAUCACAGGCUUCUCAGAUGAAACUGUGACAGCCCGAGAGGCACUUUUGAAAUGGGCCCAGCGAUCAACCGAACGAUAUCCUGGUGUAAGGAUUAAUGACUUCACCAAGAGUUGGAAAGAUGGAUUGGCUUUUGUUGCCAUUCUGCAUAGAAACAGACCAGACCUAUUGGAUUUCAAAUCUUUGAGAACAAGGCAAGCUAAAGAAAAUUUAGAAUUAGCAUUUUCACUUGCUGAAAAAGAAUUUGGAAUCACUAGGCUUCUAGAUCCAGAAGAUGUUGAUACUCCAGAACCUGAUGAAAAGUCACUUAUAACAUAUAUUUCAUCUAUGUAUGAUGCUUUCCCGGAACCUCCCUCAUAUAAUCCAUUUGUUGAUGAUGAGAAAAACAGAAAAAUUGAAGAGUAUAAAACACUUGCCAGAUCUCUUCGGCUUUGGAUGAAGACCUCAUUAGAACAUUUUAACAGUGCUAAGAUGUGUAACACUUUAAUUGACAUGAAGGGAUUUUUAUUAGACUCCUCAAAAUUUAGAUCAGAAGAAAUUCCCAAAAAGUUGCGAGAUAAGCAGAGGCUUAAUCAUUUGUACAAAGAUAUUCAGAAAAGUCAUUGUGAUAACAGUCAUUUUGAAGUUUUGAAAGAGUUACAUAUUGAAGAAAUAGAAAAAUAUUGGAACGAAUUUUCAAAUGCGCUGCAAGAUAGGGACAAAAAAAUCAAAGAUGAAAUUUGUAGGUUAGAAAAACUUCAGCGAUUGGCAGAUAAGGUCAACAAGGAUGCAAAGCAAUGUGAAGGGAAAUUAGAUGAUGUUGAAAGGCGAGUUAAAGAAGAAGAAAAACGAAUGCAUCGACUUCAUUCUGUAGAUACAAAGCAUAGCUGUGAUCUCAUUGAAAGUGAGCUUAAGACUAUUGAUGACUUCAUAAAAUCCAUGAAAAAAGAUAUUGAUGUUUUAGAAGAUAAAUGUUAUCCUCAAAUUGGUGAAAUAAAAUCCAGGAUUGAGAACUUGAAAGACAGGUACAGAGUUCUGACAUCAACAUUCCAAGAUAGGUUUUUAUCUAUUUCAUCAAGGGUUGAAAAAAACGUUGAAGAAAAGAAAAUAACUAAGCAACGUAUCAUAUCAAAUGAAAAAGCUGAAUUGAGCACAGUUACUAUUCCACUGAGAGAGCAUUUUGAAUGGAUAGAAAAGAAAAAUAAACGACUUGCUCAAAUAGAGUUUGGUUCAGACUAUCAAAGUGUGAAAUCAAAUGUUGACCAAAUCAAAUCUGAAAACAAAACCAUUGAGCAGUAUAAUAAGAAAAUUAAUUUUCUGCUAUCACAAAAGAAUUCUCUGAAAAAUGCUGAUAACUCUUUUAUUGUAGAAGUGGAUGAUUUAGAACACAAGUACAAGGCACUAAUGCUAUUUUCAUCUCAAAAGUUGGAAGAUGGUGAAAGACUCUUAACCUUUGUACAAUCUGCUUCAAAAGAAUUAAAAUGGAUGGCUGAUAAAGAGGAAACCGAAAUUUUGCGUGACUGGAGUGCAAAAAAUGUAAAUCUUUUGGAGUUAGAACAUUAUCAGGAGGCUCUGACAAAUGAUUUGGAACGACGUGAAAUCCUGUUUAAUACCAUUCAGAAUCAAGGUGAAACUCUUCUUUCACAAAAUCAUCCUGCAUCAAAGAGCAUUGAGGAAAUUUUAGUAAAGCUACAGAAUGAGUGGUCUUGGCUUUUGCAGUUAACAUUAUGUUUGGAAAUUCAUUUAAAACAUGCACAAGUAUAUCAACAGUUUUUCAGAGAAACAAGAGAGAGUGAACUGUGGUUGAAAAAGGCUGAAGAAAAGUUAAACACAACUUUUAGUAAAAAUGUCUUCUCAGUAGAUGAGGGAGAGCGUUAUAUUAAACAAAUGCAAGAAUUAAAAGAAGACCUAACGAGAUAUAACAGCAUGGUAUUACGCUUAGUGAAUCUAAGUAAUGAUGUUUUGCCUUUGAAAUCGAGAAGAAUCCAGAAACCUAAAAAUAUGUUAAUUAUUGCCAUUUGUAAUUACCAAGGUGCUAAUAUAUCAAUUUCUAAAGACGAUAAGUGUACAUUAAAGGAUAUAACUAAUAAAGGACAUUGGAAGGUGGUCACUCCAUCUGGCAUUGAGGGCUUAGCUCCAGGUGUCUGUUUCAUAAUACCUGCUCCCAAUGCUGAAGCCAUUGAAGUAGGGCAAAGUUUGAAAAAGAAAUAUGAUGAUGCUUUAAGUUUAUGGACUUUGAAACAACGAAAGCUGCAAAUAAAUCUCAUUUUAGCCACUGCAAAAGUCGUAAAGUCUUGGGAUCUCGUACGUUUCCAAAGCAUGGAUGCUAUUCAGCGUGAAUCAAUUAUGUAUGCACUUAAUUCUGAUGUUCAGAAAAUACUAGAGGAUAGUUCAGAUUCUGAACCUGCUCUUUUAAAAUUGAAAGAGGAAAUGGAACAUUGUAAUAGUUUAUUUAGUUCAUUAACAAGUAAAGCCGCUGAAGAUGAAAGUGAUAAGGCACCAAAAAGUGUAGGCCGAAAGCUUUCAGACUCCAUCACUGGUCUUCAAAACAUCUUGAAUGAAAAGGAAAAAUUUUUGAAGAAUAAGCUAGUUUCAGCUAUUGUUUGGAACAUGGAUUCCUUACAAAACUUGGUUAUUGAACAUAAAGAUUUUGAAAUCAACUUAAGAUCUCUUGAGGAUCAAGUUACUCAAAUAGCAGAGGUUUUUAAAAGUGCCUCUAAGAAAAACACUGCUGUACAGAUGAAAUAUGACACUCUUAUUCAGACAUGGGAUAAACUAUGGGAUCUCUCUAACUCCUAUGUUGAAAAGUUAAAAGUUGUUGAAGUUGCCUUGCUUCAUCUAAAUGAAGCAUCACAAAUUAUAUCGAGCACUGAAAUUCAGUUAGCGUCCUAUGAUAAAAUGCCAUCAAACUUGGAAGAUUUAAGAAAAUUACAUGAUACACUUUUGUCAUUUCAGUUUGAUAUGCAAGAGUCUCAGAAUGUUAUUGAUGAUGUACAUGAGUCAGCUAGAAAAGUGAAAAGCUUGAUGCAGAAAAUUAGGUUAAAACAGUCAGUUCAAACUGAUGUAAAUAAAUUUGAAAAUGAUGCUAAGAAACUUGUUACAAGAUGGGAUAAUGCAAGAUCUCAAAUUAUUGAAAGGCUUAGAAGCUGUGAGGCAUCAUCUGAGCUGCUUAGAACUUAUAAAGACAAAGCUAACAGAGACAAUGUAUGGAUAUCAGAAACUACUGUUCAAGUAAACAGUAUGAAAACUGUGAAGAAAAUGACUACAAAAGAAGUUGAAAUGACUGUUGAACCAAUUAUGAAUAUAUAUUCUACUGUUGCUGAUAGAAGUUCGUCCAUUGAGGAGACUAAUGCUUUUGGAGCAAGAUACAUUAGAGAAGCAAAGAUCUAUGACCUCAGAUUGAAGCAUUACAAAGAAAGCUUAGAAGAAGAGCAUCCUAGCUUAGAUGCUAGUCUCCAAAAGAGUAGAGUCAUCACAUCAGGAGCUGAAGAAAUUGGAAACGAAUUAGACAGUCUUAAUGAAAAGUAUUCUACUUUGACACAAACUGUGCUGGACUAUUUAGAAGAAUUGAAAAAGGUGUUUUUGAAGCAGCAUAAAGAGAAGUGGGUGACAAUCAUCUCUAAGGCAACUCCAGUUAAAUUGAGGACAUUCAGCUCUUUCAUUGACCAAGUACCUUCUUUGGAAACAACUCUACCAUCAGAUUCCAGAGAAGAUAUUGAAACUAGAAAUCUUUUUUAUAAGAAAAAUUCACCAAAUUCUGUGAAAGAAACUGCAAAGUACUCCUCAAUGCAUCACUCUCUUUCAUCUGACUAUGUCAGUCAAUCAGAAACUUGCAUCUUAAAAUAUCACGAAAAUGAGGUUAAAAAUAAAUUAUCAGAUGACAAUCUGUCUCAAAAUAUGUUUGCAAACAAAGUUUUAUACAGUUCAAAAUGUGAUAAAAUGGUAUCUUUCCCUGAAGCCCUUGAAAAUAACAUUUUAAACUUAGAAAAAGAAGAAUUUUUUGAUCUCGGAACAGGAAGAACAAUGUCUAUACAAGAUGCUACUGCAGAAGGAUUCAUUGAUCAGUCUUUUUAUCAAUGGAUGUACACAAAAUGUGGAUUGUUUUGCCCUGGUUACAAAGAUGAGUUAUCUGUUAUUCAAGCUAUGCAAAAAAAUGUCUAUGAUUUUAAAAACAAAGCUCUUCUUAAUCCUACAGAUGGUAAACCCAUUACAUUGACUGAUGCUUUUCAUCUUGGUAUCAUAAAAAGGUCUGGAAUUAGUACGUUAAGUAAAAUGAAAUUAAUAAAAAUCAAAGAAUUAGCAAUUACAGAGGCUAUUGAAAAAGGAUUUUUAGAUCCAAAAUCUGGUAUAUUUUGUGAUCCAUUGACAGGCAUGGCCAUGAAUUUCACAGAUGCUGUGAAAGAAAGCUAUAUCCACCUAAGCGAAGAUUCAAAAGAUGAAUGUGGACUAACUCUUUCUGAGACUAUUGAUAAAAAUAUUAUUAAUGAUCAGUUAGGUCAAAUUUUAGAUCCAGAUUCUGGAAAGAAAUGUACCAUUGAGGAAGCUGUUUCAAAAGGAAUUCUAAAAUCCAAUGUGAAAGAAAUUUUUGAUGUGACUGGAACUAAACUUAUAACAAUACCUGAAGCUUUAGAGACUGGACUGUUAAAUGCACAGAAUGGAACCUAUGUUAAUGUUGAAAAUUCAGAAGAAUAUUCUCUUAAAAAUGCCAAGGAAAUGAAUUUAGUUUUUAAACCUCUUACAUUGAAAGAUGCAUUUGAUAAAGAAUAUAUUAAUGAAUAUGGGAUAAAAAAUCCUCUAACUGGAAAACGAGUUUCAAUUUUAGAAGCGUUAGCUUGUGGUAUAUUAGACAGUCAAGUCAAAUGUAUCAUAGAUUCAAAGUCCAGUGAACUUAUAUCUCUGCCUGAGGCCUUAAGAAGAGGAGUCAUUUUACCUAAAGGAAAGUAUUUUGAUUCUGCAUUAAAUCGAGAGUUAGAUAUUUCUUGUGCUUUAAAUGAAGGCUUUAUUACUUCUGUCUGUCAGAGAAGUAUUUUUGAUAUUGAGGGAAUAAAAGAUGUUGCACAGAAUGAGCUCAUUGGGUUUAAUGAUGCUUUGCAAAGAAAGAUUAUAGAUCUAAACAAAGAAAUGUUCAUUGACAGUGCUUCAUUAGAAAAUAUGCCCUUUAAUGAGGCCGUUUCAACUGGUUAUAUUCAGCAUCAAUUGUAUGAUAUGCUUUGCAAACCUAUAGGAAUAAAAGAAAGAGGACAAGAACUUAAUCUUCUUGAAUGUUGUAAGUUAGAUUAUAUUGAUUGUAAAUCUGGCCAUCUCAAAGAUCCAAAUAAUAAAAAAUCCAUUUAUAUUAAAGAAGCUGUUGAAAGAGGUAUAAUAACUCCUGAAGGUGCUGCUUUACUCAAAGGAUUGCUAAAUAUAACAGUGACAAGUGCAACUGUAACUCGAACUAUAACUAGAUUUGUUGACAGUCCCAAUGAAACAAAAAAUGUACUUGAUAAUACAGUUCCAAAAGGAAUAUUUAGUGAGGUUACAAAAGUGUUAAAUAAAUGUGAUGAAAUGCUCUGUCUAGAUGAGGAAGAACAAGAUAAUUUAUUUUCAAAAUCAGUUUCGAAAACAUCAUGGAGCAAAGACAAUAUGACUGAUAAUAGGCAUAGUGAAACAAUCAGUGAAAAACAUUUUACUCAUCCGAAUAGUUCAGAGCAUCAAAUCUCUAGUAAAGAAUGCAUCUUAAAUGACAUUUUUAAAUCUUCUGCAAAAUCGCCUGCAUUUUCUGUCAAAAAAUGCUCAGAAAGCAGUUUAAGUAGUGGGAAAAUUCCAAUAAAAUUAAAUGAAAAAAAUUUAGUCCAUACCAGUUCCGGAGAAAAAGUAUCUCUUAACCAAAAAUGUUUUGAUUCUGGUAGUACAGAUGUUGCAAGUGAGCGUGUUCAGAUUUUGGACUUGCCUUCUGAUGGGUGGUUCUUAAAUGAAGCAAUCGCUAAAGGAUUAUUUGAUGCUGAAUCUGGAUUGUUUACUGUUCCUGGUACUGAUCGUUUAGUCUCUUUUGAAGAAACUAUAAAAAUGGAAAUAAUUAAUCCAAAAUCAGGUAUGGUCAUUGUACCAAAUGUAAAGCAAAUGAUAUCAUUUGAUAAUGCUUUGGAAAUGAAAAUACUUAAUUCAACUGGUCAGUAUAACACAAAAACUGGCAAAAUUUUGUCCAUGAAGGAAGCUAUUGGGAAAAAAUUGAUUAUUUUAAGUGACUCAAAAGAAUUUCAAACAAAUGACGAUGUGUCUAGAUACUUUGCUUCUGUCCCACCAGAAUCGGUAAAUCUUAAUUCUGAAAAGUCAACAGAUUUUGAAACUUCUGAUAAUGAUUUUGUUUUAGAAAAUAGCAAAGAAAUUUGUUUGUCUACCUCCUCAACUGCCAUUAAACAUGAUUAUAAUAAUGUGGUUAAAAAUGUGUCUGUGUCUAAAAGUAUCUGUGAAUCAACCAAACAACCAGAUGAAAAAACAGUUGUGUUAAGGAAAAUUUCUCAAAAAAUAAUUGACCUAAAAACUGCUGUUCAAAUAGGACUGACUGAUCAGGAAACUGCUGACAUCAUUUGUAGAAUCAUUAAAAAGAAUGGAAAUCUGAACGGUUGUGAGAAUUUAAAAAAUGCAAGCACUGAAGGAAGAAUUCAUGACUAUCUUAAAGGGUCUUUCAUUUCGAUUAGAGAAGCUAUCGAUAAUGAAAUGAUAGAUGCAGAAACUGGCAAUUUUAUAAUUCCCAUUGGACAUCCUUUAAGUUUACCAGAAGCCUUAAAACGUGGUAUCUUUAAUAAAGAAUCAGAAAAAUUUAUUCAUCCUGAAACUGGAGAGAAAUUAAAUUUAAGAGAAGCAAUAAAGUGUGGAAUAAUAAAUCCAUAUUCCACUUAUACUGAUCCAAUACUUUUUUCUACUCAUCCUAUUUUAGAUGGUAUUAAUAAAGGUUCAAUUAAUGAUUCAACUGGCAAGAUAAAAACAAUGACAGGACUAAUAACGCUGUCAGAUGCUUUAGAGAAAAAUUUAUUUAAGAUGCCAGAUUUUAAAGUAAAAGGCAUUUCCCCACUUGCUUUCACUUUUCCUACAGCACUACAGUAUAAUUAUAUCAAUAUGGGUGACAAAGAAUAUGUUAAUCCUGUUUUGUGUGAAAAAAUGUCUUUACAAAAAGCUUUUGACUCAGGUGAAUUAAUGAUUAUACCAGUGCAGCCACAGAGAGAAUAUUUUCUUUUAGAUGAUGCUUUGCAGAAAAAUCUAAUUGAUCCAGAGAAAUUUACCUUUCAGCACCCAAUUUCAGGAAGUUUUAUAGAUGUCAGGCAUGCAAUGAACAGUGGCUUACUUAUUGUGAAACCUAUUAGAUUUUCCGCAACGCCUGCCAUGCAUUUCACUGAUACACAAGUAUCAAGUUCUGAAAGUUUGUCAUCUAAAAACUUCAUUUCUAAAAAUCAACAGGUGAUAAAUUCGUUGAAAGAACCUGAAUUGGAUAUUAAUUCAAUUAAUGUUACUGAUGGUGUUAUUGAUCUAAGUAAGUUACAGUUUUAUCAUAAACCCUCAGAAAAGUGGUAUUCCAUUCAUGAAGCUAUCAAACUGCAGCUUCUCAAUCCAGUAGAAGACCAAAAAAUUCCUUCGGAAAAAUAUUCUCUCAGUCAAGCAAUUUUGAAGUUAUAUGAUAAAAAGUCUGAGAUGUUUUUUAUGCCUGGCUCCCAAAAGCUUGUCAUGCUGGAGCAUUUAGUUGACCAUAAUAUUAUCGACUUGGAUUCUGUCAUUUUUGAGGUUCCUGAAGAGCGAAUAUUAAGUUUAAAGGAUGCUAUUAAAAUGAAUGUUAUUGAUGCAAAGUCCGGAAUGUAUUAUGAUAAAUUACAAAGCAAGAGAGUAAGUAUUAUUGAUGCAGCUAAAUCAGGACUUUUGUUGUUGCUCCAAGUGUCUGAUGUUAAAAAGAAGUUGAAAGAGAACUGUGAUGAAGGAGUGGUAUCGCCUCAGACAUUUACUUCAAAUGCAGUUUCCUGCCCAAGACCUUCAUCUCUGCCUCUGAAAACCCUUGAUGGAUUGCCGAAAAUAUCAAGUAUCAAAGUUCCUAAAUGGAAAGAUAAUGACUGCAAAAAUGCAAGUGAUAAGACUAGUAAACUUAAGUUUCCUUUGAAUGAGCACACUAAAAAAAAUACUGUGUCAAAUGAAAAAUUAAUAGAAAGUUCAAGUAAAUCAAUGCAUGCUGAACUUCCAGAUAAGUUUUCCUUUGAAGAUCAAGUGGAAAAUGGAAACUCUGAAUUUGAAAGUAAAAACUUAGAUGAUAUUUCAAUCCAUUCUCAACCAAUUUUUGACACUGGGUUUAUAAGUGACAAAAACUUACCUUGUACACUUCAAGGUACUAAUUCAAACCAACAAGCUGUGAAUCAAGAUGGCAUUUCAAACUUUUCCCAAUUGCACUCUAAGAGUGAUGCAGACAGUAAUAUAGCUACUACAUCAACAGUUGCUGAUUGUAAUACUGACAUAUUAUAUAUUUCUAAUUCUGAAAUUGAAUGUAAUCUAAAAGAAGAGUCUCAGCUUCCACAACUACAGUAUUUGCCUAAGGUAGAACCAAAACAUUCUGGAAGAGAUUCUACUAAUGUUAUUGAUUCUUUCUCAUAUCCAAAUCAUUCUUCUUCUACAUCUUCAGAUGUUUCAAACAAAGAGCAGCAAUUUGAAAAAGAAUCUUUUUCAGAGCAUUCAGAUUUGGAGAAAUCACAUCAUUCAGUUUCAAACAAAACUGCUUUUCCUGACAGACUUAAAUCUCCAAAAAAAGAUCACAUUUCUUCACCUAAUAAAAAACUUGGCCCUUCUGCAGAAGGAUCACUCUGUUCAUCAAAGAUUCUACCACCUUUUCGGCCAGAAUCUCCUAAAAAGUCUCCUGUUAAAAAUUCCGUAAUAUCUAAAGGAUCUCCCACAAAAAGUUCUCCUUCAAAAUCUGAGACAACAGCAUCAACUUUGCCUCACUCCGAGUCUUCUAAGAUACCAAGCUCUCCUACAAGGAAAUGUGACUCACCAAUUAAUGAAUUGGAACCAGUUUUAUUAAAAUCAAGCUUGCAUUCAAAAGAAAUAGAUAUUAGUAGCUUAACCCAGCAGUAUAAAGACCCUGAACUGACUGUCACAAAAGAUAUUAGAAAAUCUAAACCACGUAACAAAUUUGAGAGUGCUUCAAAAACAGAAAGUGCAACUGAGAACCUGCCACAAUUGGGAACAGAUACAAAUGUAAAAGAAGUUGUUAAAAUGCAGGUAAACACAGAAUUUGAGAUCAAUGAGUUUAAAGAAUUUGAUUCUGCUGAAGGUAUCCCUAUUUCAGUUUUAAAUGAACAAUCGCAAUCUCCUGAUAAAAAUAUGGUGUUGCAGACAGAAAACAUGCCUAUUGAUAACAGAAAUAAUGCUCAAAAACACCAAGUUGCUACUGUAAAAAGGGAUUCUUCACCAAAAAAAUCAUAUUUCUCAAAAACAAAUGUUGCUGAAAAAGAAUUUUCGACUGAUGAUGAUUCUAUUUUUGCUACUGAAUUGAGAAUUUCAGAAGAAAAAAUUAUAUCUGAUUCAAAAGUGUUUGUAUCAGAUGAUUCAAAAUCAGUUGAAGAUCAAAAGAAUUUAUUAUAUCAGACAAAUGACUCAGAUUUACAAAACAGUAUCGAGUUUUCAAAAGACUCAGUAUCAGAACAGAAGGUUGAUACAGAAGAACCUUGUGUAGUACCCUCACAAAAAGCAUCAGUUAAGAAAGUUGAAAAGCUUGCAAAAAAUGUACCACAUCAUGAAAGUUUUGAAAGGUCAACUUCUUCAAAAUCUUCUGUGAGUAAAAGUUUAUCUGAAAAGGAAAUUACCUCUUUCAAAACAGUAGCAUCCAGCAAACAAAAAUCAUUUGAUGAAAAAGAGGCUAAAUCUUUACAAGUUAAUAAAGAUACAUAUUCAGAUAAGAAAGUUGAUGCUUCAUCAUUUGAUGUGAAAUUCAAACAAAAUAAGCAGAAAACAUCUUCAAGUAAAUCUGGUGUUGUAAAACCUGCAACAAAUGAGCCAUUCUAUGAGAAAAAAACUGAAGUAGUUGCAAAAGCAUAUUUGGUAUCUGAUCAGGAAACAAAAAACAUUGAAGUGAAGAUGCCUACCAGCCGGGGUAAGAACAAUAUCUCCAGUAGAAAUAAACAGAAUAUCCACAGUGAAAACAUGAGUAGUAAAACUGUUAUCACUAAGGUUAAGAAGGAAAAUGAUAAUAUAACAAAGAAUCAUCUUAGUGAAAAUUUAAGUUCAUCAGAAUGUAAAUUUCAAGCAGAAACAGAAUCAAAUCAACAAACUGAAUGUUCUAACCUGAAAGAUAGUGAUUUAACUCUGAAAAAAGAGGGAAUGGAAGUAACCAGCAGUAGCACUUUUGAACCUGCUGUAGUAGAGAAAAACAAAUCUGUAAUUCAAAGAGAAUCUCAUGUGAAAUCAACAAUAGCAUCAUUGGAUGCUUCUUCUAAGAAAGAUACACCAAAAGAGUUAAUUUCCUCUAAAACAAUCAGUGAAAACAAGAAACGCUCUAAAACUACUGAGGCAGAGAAUUUUGUUCAGCAGAAAGAUAAAAAAUCUUUUUAUUCGCAAAGAAAGAUACCUGUUAAAGAAAAGAGUCCCGAAUAUGAAGCACAAAAAUCUGUCUCUGAAUUGUUAAAAAAUUCAGAUGCAUUGUUUGACUCUAAGACGAAAACCCCAAGCUCUCCAGUUAAAAAUUCUGGCAUUUCUAAUGUGGAACAGAACAUGUCUGAGAAACAAACUUUUCCUACUAAAGAACAUAAAUCAGCUAUUAAUAAGCAGACUGCUCAGCAUAAAAAUAAAUUGUAUGAUAAAACAGUUCCAUCAAAUAAAGAAAGGAAAUCCUCAGUAGAAAAACCGUAUUCACCUAAGUCUAAAGAAGUAUUAAAAGAAAAUAAAACAUUCGCCAAAUGUAGUACUGUGAAAGAAGUUGGUAGAAAUAAUAAAGGAAGUGCAUCCAAAUUUUCUCCUACUUUACAAAUUGAUGAUGGCAAAUUGCCACCAGUUGGAAGUGACAAACAAGUAUCCAGCAAAGAAAUAGUUGUAGAAAAAGUGUUGUUAGACAAUGUUACUGUGCAAGACACUUUACUUGGUGAUAAUAAAGAUGUCCUCAGAAUGAAACAUAGGGAUCUUCGUCCAAAUAUGUUCCAGAAAGAUGGUUCUGAUAAAUUCAUUCAUGAGCAUAUUGAGUUUCGAAGUGAUGCUACAGAAAGAGGUUUAUUUAAUUUAGACCCUCAAUCACAAAAAGGGGUUAGUGACCAAUUGAAAUCAGACUUUUCUGGAUUCUCCGUGACAGAAUCAAAACAGUUGAAAAAUGAUCAUUCCCAUGGACCACACAAAAGUGAAAUAGUAACUUCAGAAUCACUUAAUGGUUCUCAACCUCAGGAUAUUUACAAAAGCACAAUGUCAGUCAGAGAAAGUUGCACUAGAGUUAUAGAAAAGUUUGAAUUUUCAAGUUUUCCUUCUACACUAUCUCUUGAAGAUGCAGUUGCUUCUGGUGCCAUUGAUGCUGAUUCAUGUUCUGUUGUGAUUAGUGAGAAAAAAAUUCCUUUACAAAAAGCAAUUGAUGAUAACUUAGUUCGCUGUUAUUCUACUAUAGAAAUUACCAGCAAGAACGAAAUUCAUUUGCCUGAUGAAGGAGAAAGGAAAUCCUUCUUGGAACGUACUGCUGCAGUUGUUGAACAAAAUUACAAAGUUUGUGAAGAGAAUGCUAACAAAUUAACGUCAUGGAUGAAAAAUAUUGAACUCAAAUUAGCAGAGGUUGGCAGCAUAAAAGAACAGUUGCCAGCUUUACAUUAUCAAAUGAACACUGUUAAAAUUCUAAAAGAAGAACUUGAAAAUCAACAAUCUUUGAUUACAAACUGCCUGGAUCAGAUGCGACAACUAGCUCAGCGUGGUUUAGAAGUGUUAAGUAAAGAGGAAAUCAAUAACCUUCAAAAAUAUCUGAUUUCACUGAAAAAGCAAUAUGAUUCUGUGCUGUAUGAAUGUGAACGUCUAUUAAGACGUUUAACUGCUGCCUAUGAAGAGCUUCAAAAAUUUAGAAGUGAACUAAGCACUUUUAAAGAAUGGCUGAAACAUGCACAGCAAGAAUUCAAAGCAAAGGAAUCCUUGUUAAGCAUAUUGUCUGAUCUGGAAAAAAAUUCUGAAAUAUUUAAGAACUUUUCAAGCGAUGUUAUUGUUCAUCAAGCUGAUUUAAGGUUUAUAACUAUGGCUGCUCAAAGAUUUAUUGAUGAAUCACAGGAAUAUUUGAAAGCUUUGAAUGCCUUUAGAACACACCUGCCACAGCCAUUGUCACCAAUUAAAACCCCAGAAAGUGAAAUAAGAGUUGAAGUUCAAGAUGUAACAUCUGUUUAUCAUGAUUUGCUCAACCAUACAAAUAAACUAACUGAUACUUAUGCAGCUGUUUCUUCCAAAUAUCGAUCUGUUGUAGAAAGUGUAGACAAAUCAAAACUCUGGAUGCAGGAAAUUAAAAACUCUUCCAAAGCUGCCCUGGAGGAAACAUUAGCUGAUGAACCAAGCUCAAUACAAGCACAGCUUGAUAAAAUUAAGCUGAUAAACAUGGAAGUAAUUGGUCAAAGUAGAUUGAUUGAAAAUUCUUGUCAAGCAGUUAAAGUUUUAUCUGAUACACUUGUGAAGGGCAAUAUUUUUACUAAUGAAACAAAAUGUAUUGAAAAUAUUAUAAGCUCUCUUCAAGAAGAAUAUUCAGAGUUAAGUAGCUGCAUAGCCUUGAGAAUCAAACAAUUGCAAACUGCUUUAAUACACUCACAAGGUAUUCAAGAUGCUUUAGAUCGUAUUUUAAAAUGGAUUGAUGAAAGUGAAGAUUCUGUUAAAUCUUUUCAAAAGCCAAUAAGUUUGUUACCUGAAAAGUUGGAACAGCAGGUUAAAGAGUUCAAAAUUUUGAAAUCAGAUGUUGAUAACCAGAAAGCGAACUUAGACAUGCUGUAUUCUUCUAGUAAAGAAGUUUCUGAUAAUUCCAAUCCAAAGUUAGCAAAGAAAGUUGAUUACAAAAUGAAAGACAUUUCACUUCGAUUUGAAAAAUUAUGUGAAAGGAUAUCAAAAAGGGGAACCUUAUUAGAAGAAAUUUCUGAGAUGACUCAUGUUUUCUAUUCCUUGGUUUCACAAUUUGAAGAAUGGAGCAAAUCAAUUUUGAAUCGUAUAGAAAGCUCUGACAGUGUGCAUUCUAUGGAUGUUGAUGGGUUUUCUUCAGUCAUUGAAUAUUCUUCAAAUCAACGUAAUUUGAAAAAGGAUGAUUUUGAACAGAUGAUAAAGAUAGGAAAAGCUUUGAUUGCUAGAAAGGAAGUUGAUGACAUAACUUUAAUCAAAGACCAAAUUCAGACCAUAGAAAACCAAUGGAAAAACAUUGGAGAUGUGUUAAAUGAUAAAAGGUUACAAGGAAAGACUAGGACUGAACAAAUGAUUGCAUAUGAAACACUAAGAACAAAAGUACUGGAUUGGUUACUGAAGCAUGAAAGGGAUGUGGAAAAUUUCGAACCAGUUGCUCUUUCUUUACCUAUUUUGAAAAAGCAAUCUGCUGAAAUCGUGCCAAUAUUGAAGGAACAUUCUGAUUAUAACUCGACUAUUGAAAAGCUUAACAAUCUUGGUCACUCUUGUGAUGCUGCUGGGAAAGCUGAAAGCCCUAAAAGGAAGAUUUCCAGCCCUGUUAAAAAAACUUCUAGUCCAACUAAGAAGUCACCUUCCGAAUCUAGGUCAACAGAGAGCUUUUCCAUUUCUCCUGUAAAAAGCCAGUUAUCUGUCCAAAGCCCUUUGUCCACAGCAUCAAGUGGUUUUAGUAGUAGAAGAAGUUCUUCAGACAAUAUUGGAGGUGUUGAUGAAUUAACACCAAUUCAGCUUCAGUUAUCUGAAAUAAACAACAGAUAUCAACUCUUAAAAGCUCGAUUAACUGAUCGAAAUCAAGAAAUAGCUGCUGUCACUGAAGAUCUCAAAGCAUGCAUUCAAGAUAUGAAGACAUUAGCCACUUUCAUUGAUGCCAAGGUUAAGGAGCUACCCAAAGAAGGAUAUCCUUCUUCAAAGGAGAUAACAGAAAAACAUAUGAAAAAAUUAAAGGAUACAGAAGAGGAAAUAUUUGAGAAGAAUUCAGAAAUUAUGAAUAUCAAGUCAAAAAUCACCAGUUUGGUUUCUAAGAGGAAAAUGGUUAAAGGAGCAUCAGAAUUGUCUGAAGACUUCAAUAACACUGAAAAGAAAUAUCUUCAGAUAACAGAAAGCAUUAAGAAACAAGUAUGCUUCUUACAAGAUUUGAAAGAAUUUCAAGAUUUAGAAACAUUAAUGAAAAAUUGGCUGACUCAAAAGCAAAAAAUGUUUCAAGUUCUUGGUCCUAUUGCUUCUGAGCCUCGGAUGGUUUCAACUCAAGUUCAACAAGUUCAAGUGAUGAGAGACGAGUUCACUUCCCAAAAAAGUAUUAUGGAACGUCUGGAAAUUUUAUCAGUCAGUAUUAUAACAUACUUGCAAAAUCUUGGAUCAAAUACUUUAAAAGUUUCGGAGCAAGUCAGUGCUAUCAGUCAUAUUUGGGAUGAUCUGUUUGAAAAGUUGAUUGAACGAGAGAAAAAUUUGGAAGCCGCAAGUGGUGUUGCCAAGAACUUCCAGAAGAAUGUAACUGAAUUGCAACAGAAGCUGCAAAAUCUCAAUGAUGAAUUUGAUUCCUUUGAAGAAAAGGGAACUAGUUCAUUAGUUUUUCUUAAGAAACUCAUUGAAAUGGAAGAUGAGUUAGAGACUCAAAGACUUCUUCUUAGUGAUGUGGAGAGUGUUUCUGAACAACUCUGUGAUAUUCUAAGUGACAAUUCAUCCAAGUCAGAAAUAAAAUAUAAAUUGAUCAUUGUCGAAAAAUCUUACAGCUCUUUACGGAAAAAAACAGACAAUAAAAAAGCAGAAAUUGAAUCAACAAUAAAAGAGGAUAAGACAUUUUUUAAGUCUUGUGAUGACAUCCAAGAUUGGCUAAAUAAGAUGGAUUCUUUCUUUGUUUCUUCUGAACCUAUUUCUGGAGAUCUUCAAAAGCUUAUAAAGUUGACGGAAAGUUAUGAGCCUGUGUAUAAAGAGUUAAUUGGAAGAGAGCAUGAAGUACAUCUCUGUUUAAACAAAGGAACUGACAUGAUGUUGAAACUUUCUGCAAAACAAGAUCAAACCUCUUUGAAGAACAAAUUAGAUAAUAUCAGAAAGCAGUGGGAUAAACUAAAGAAAACUGCUGUGGACAGGAAUACUUGUCUCAGAAGUUGCUUAGAGAAUUGCAAAAAUUAUCAAUCUUCUGUGGAAAAUUUCAUUCCUUGGUUGCUUUCUCAAGAAGAGAAAAUAAAAGAGCUGAAACCAAUCAGUUUGAAGAGAGACAUUUUGAGCAAACAAAUCAAAUCUUUACAAAUAUUGAAAAGUGAUUUAUCAAUCCACCUGCAACAAUUCGAAAGUAUUAAAAAUCUUGGAGAAAGUAUUUUAGCUUCUUGUGAGUCAGAUAAGGACGUUAUUAAAAAGCCCUUAGAGGAAUUAAUAAGAAAAUGGAAAACUAUUAACACAGCUGUUAAAGAGCGAACACAAGUAUUUGAAGACAUGUCUCAGUAUCUAAAUGAAUAUGAAGAGAAAAUCAGAGAUUUACAGCAUUCUCUUCUGAGGUUAGAGGAUAAGCUAAGCUCACAUGAUUGCUUAGGAGAUAUUUCCAGGGAUCCUAUAGUGUUAGACAGGUUACAAAUCCUUUUGAAAGAAACAGUAGACAUGAAAAAUGAUUUUAAAGAUGCAAAAGAAUUUUUGAAGUUGGUUAUUUCAAAAGCUGAUGAGAAUUCUGAGACAUCAGAGAUUAUGAGCUCAUUGUCUUCAUUAGAAAAGAGACACCAGAGUUUGAAAAAUGACUUGGAAGAUAGAUGCACAAGCCUUCGUAGUUCUCAAAAAGUUAUUUCCGUCUUUACGGAACAUGUAAAGAACAUUAAAGCUGAAAUAAACAGCCUUGAUGAGGAAUUCGAUCAAAUGCGUCAUGUUGCUCGUGAUUCUCAUGCCCUAGAAGAACAGUUAAAAUUAAUUAAGGUCCUGAAGCAGAGACUUACAAUAGUAAAACAAAAUUUUCUUAAAGCUGAGACAGAAUGCCAAACUAUAGUUAAACAAGAUCAUAUACCUGAAUCAAAAGGCUUCUCAGAACAGAUGAAGAUUAUUAGUAGACAGAUAAAUCGAUUGGAAGAACACAUGAAAGAACAAGAAAUAAUAUUUGAGAAAACCUAUACUCGACUUGAGACUUACCACAAAAUGUAUUCAACAGUCAUAAAAGAACUAAAUUCUUUCUUGAAAGAGGAAACUUCAUACAAAGUUACUAGUGGAGAUGUGGAAGCAAUUCGAUCACAGCAGCAAGCAUUUAAGGAAUUCUGUGCAGAAAAAGUAAUUCCUUUGAGCAAGCAAGUUACAGAGGUGAACAAAUUAGGACAAGGUCUUGUGCAAUCUGCCACCACUGGAGUUAACACUGAUGAAUUAGAACAGCAAUUGGAAAAAAUCAAUGAGUCAUGGAACAUAUUGCAAGAAUCAAUAAAUGAGCGAGAAAAAAGACUGGACAUGGCUUUGCUCCAAUCUGGAAAAUUUCAAGAAGCUUUAACUGGUGUCGAAAAAUGGUUGCGUGACACAGAAGAAAUGGUUUCUAAUCAAAAGCCACCAUCUGCUGAUUUUAAAGUUAUCAAAGCUCAGGCCCAAGAACAGAAGUUCCUGAAGAAAAUGUUAUUGGAUCGGCAAAACAGUGUUAUUUCUUUGAAAGACAUGGGUAGUGAACUAAAGCACAGUACAAAAACAGUUGAUUUCGAAAAUGCUGAAAGUUUAAUGAAAAAUAUGACUGUAAGGUUUGAAAAACUUAUCUCCUCUUCUGAGGAACGUAUGACUGUUCUUGAAAAAACAAUUCCUGUUGCACAAGAAUUCCAAGUUUUAUAUACUUCUUUCCUUGAAUGGACAGAAAAAAUUGAAAAAAAACUUGUGUCAAUGUCGACUAUUCCUGUUGAUGAGCAACAAGUUAAAGCAAUGGUAAUUGAGCACAAAAAAAUGUUAGAAGACAUUUCUAAGCAGCAACGUCCCUUGCAGCAGUUGAACUCUGUGUCUAGCAAGUUGAAAACAGUUGUUCCUGCUUCGGAAUCUGAACUGUUAGAACAAAAAGUAACAACUGUGACAGAAAAAUUUAGAGAAAUUGAAAGCAGUUCUCAAAAUAUUGGCUGUAUCUUAAAUGAAGUUGGAAAAGGAAUCACUAAUUUCACAACAUCUUAUAUAAAUACUAUAUCAUGGAUAGAAAAAACUACAAUUCAGCUGAAAAACUUUGAAACUUUAAGUGUUCAUUUUGAUAAAUUGCAAAUUCAAGUCAAGAAAUUAAAGGCACUCAAAAGCAGCUUGACAUCUGAGAAGACUAACAUUGAUCAAAUCAUAGCUUCAGGAGAAGAAAUAAUGAAGCAUGUCACAGGUGAUGAUGCAAUUCAGAUGAAAGAAAAACUUGAUUCUCUGAAUAGGAAACUUAAUGAUGUUUCCACAAAGCUAAAUGAACGCUUAAAAAUAGGAGAAGAAUCUUUGCCUCUGGUUGAAUCUUUUUAUUCAGCGAACAACAAAUUGAUUUCUUUGCUGAAUAGCAUGGAGAGAUCUCUCAAGCAUUUGGAUAGCAGUGCAUUAGAUAUACAAGCCAAAACUAUUAAAACAUUAGAAGAAAGUGUUGCAGAAUCCCGUGAACAGUUGGAAAUUGUUAAUCAUACUGGACCUCGUCUGUGUCAACUAUCACCUGGAGAAGGAGCUGCACUCAUAGAAGACUUGAUCUCUCGUUCCAAUCAGAGAUUUGAAAAAGUUUCUGAGCAAGUGCAAAGAAAAGCUGAGCGAAUUCAGUUAGCAAUGCAGAGAAAAUAUGAUAUCAUUUCCGAUAUUGAUGAGUUAUUUGAGUGGUUGCAAGAAACAGAGAAACAGGUAGCCGGAGAAGAAGGGCUCUCUUCAGAGCCCAAGAGUUUAAUGCUUCUCUUGAACAAACAAAAGGCUUUGAAUGAUGAAUUUAACCAACAGAAAAGUCGUGUUCGAGAUGCUAUUACUGCAGCUAAGAAACUAAUGCGAGAAUCUUCAUCUGAAGAUUUGUCAUUUAUUCAUGAAAAAAUUGAAACUCUAAAAAGUCAAUCAAAUAAUGUAGCUACAAUAUGUCAAGAAAGACUGAGUUCCCUUGAACAGGCUUUGCCCUUAGCACAGCAUUUUUAUGAAACUCAUUCAGAUUUGGGUCAGUGGUUGGAUGAAGUAGAAGGAGAAACAGAAUUACUUGAAGCUCCUGCUCUAAAUACCUUGCAGAUCAAGAAGCAGCAAGAUCGAAAUAAAGGACUAAUACAAUCUGUCCAUGACCACAAGCCAUUAGUUGAUAAGCUAAACAAAACUGGUAAUGCACUUACCAAACUUUGCAAAGAAGAAGAAUCCGAUAAGUUAGAAAUUAUUUUAGAAUCGGAUAAUAGUCGAUACAAUGCUCUCCGAAAAAUUCUUAGAGAGCAUCAAAGCGCCCUAGAAGAAGCCUUGCAAGCUACUUCACAGUUUUCAGAUAAGUUGGAGGGCAUGUUGAGUGCUUUGACAUCAACAGCUGAUCAAUUACAUAAUGCAGAACCUAUUUCUGCUCAUCCCCGACGAAUUCAAGAACAAAUAAAUGACAAUAAAGCUGUGCUUCAAGAUUUAGAUAAGCGCACAAUAACCCUUGAAGCCGUUAAAAAGGCAGCUGAUGAUGUGAUUGUAAAAGCGAGUGCCAUUGAUGAGCCUGCUGUAAAAGACAUUAAAGUUAAAUUAGAUCGCUUGAAUGACUUAUGGGAAACUAUCCAGACAGCAGCUCAGAAUCGCGGUAAAUCCCUGGAAGAGGCACUUGUCGCUGCAGAAAAAUUUUGGGAUGAAUUAACUGCAGUUAUGAAAGCUUUGAAGGAGUUGCAAGGUAAUUUGAAGGGACAAGAGCCUCCUGCAAUUGAACCUACCGCCGUUCAACAACAGCAAGAAGUUUUAGAAGAAAUAAAACAAGAAAUUACACAAACAAAACCUGAAGUGGAUCAUUGCAGACAAGCUGGUCAUAAUUUAAUGCAACUUUGUGGUGAACCUGAUAAACCUGAAGUGCAAAAACAUAUUGAAGAUUUAGACUCUGUUUGGGAGAAUGUAACUACAUUGUAUGUGAAAAGAGAACAAAACCUAGCUAAUGCAAUGGAAAAAGCAAUGUUGUUUCAUGAUACAUUACAGAACUUACUGGAAUUCUUGGACACAGUAGAAGAAAGAUUUACUAAAUUAGGUGCUGUUGCAACUGAUAUCACCUCUGUAAAAGAGCAAAUUAGCCAGCUCAGAGAAUUUAAAUUAGAAGUUGAUCCUCAUAUGAUAGAAAUUGAGUCACUGAAUCGUCAAGCCCAGGAACUUAUGGAGUUCACUUCUCCUGAUCAAGCUGUUGCUAUCAGAGAACCAUUGUCGGACAUUAAUAAGCGUUGGGAUGAUUUACUUAAAAGCAUUGUGGACAGGCAGCAAGAAAUGGAGAAUACACUUUUAAAACUUGGACAGUUUCAACAUGCCUUGGAAGAGCUUAUGGUUUGGAUAUCAAAAACAGAGAAAACUUUAGAUGAGUUAAAACCUGUAUUUGGAGAUCCACAAGUCAUUGAAGUGGUUCUUGCAAAGCACAAAGUUAUUACUAAUGAUAUUCAAGCUCAUCAAACCAGUGUUGAUACAAUCAAUCGAGCAGGGCAUGAGUUUGUUGAUUCUGACAGAGGCAGUGAAGAUGCUAAAUUUACUCACAAUAAACUUCAAAGUUUGAAUGUAAAAUGGCAACACUUACAAAAUAAAGCAACAGAGCGCUACAAAGAGCUGGAAGAUGCUCUGAAAGAAGCACAGCAAUUUCAUCAAGAUAUUCAAGACCUUCUCAUGUGGCUUAAUGACAUUGACAGUCAGUUGCUUACAUCAAAACCUGUUGGUGGUCUUCCUGAAACUGCUAAAGACCAGUUGAAUAGGUUUAUGGAUUUAUUUAAUGAAUUGGACUCGAAUCGAUACAAAGUGGAGUCAAUUUUACAGCAGGGACAAAAUUAUAUGAAAAGAUCUGGUGAUAGUAGUACAAAAACAUUACAGCAUAAUUUACGUACCCUAAAGCAAAGAUGGGACAGUAUUUUGAACAAAUCUAAUGACAGGAAGAUAAAGUUAGAGAUUGCUCUCCGUGAAGCUACAGAAUUUCAUGAAGCUUUGCAGAAGUUUGUUGAGUGGUUAACUAGUGCUGAGAAAUGCAUUACAACUUUAGAGCCUGUCAGCCGCCAUAUGAAAUCUGUAUUGAAGCAAAUUGAGGAGCAUAGAAACUUCCAAAAAGAUGUCGGCUCUCAUCGUGAAGUAAUGCUAAAUUUAGACAAGAAAGGCAAUCAUCUCAAAUAUUUCAGCCAAAAGCAGGAUGUUAUCUUGAUUAAAAAUCUUCUAAUCAGUGUUCAACACAGAUGGGAGAGAAUAGUUUCAAAAGCUGCUGAAAGAACUAGAGCUUUAGAUCAUGGAUAUAAAGAAGCUAAAGAAUUCAGUGAUGCUUGGACUUCUCUUUCUUCAUGGUUAGAUGAAGCUGAGAAUAUAUUAAGCUCAACAAUCCCAAUAGGAAAUGAUCCCAUCAAAAUAAAAAAACUUUUGUCUAAGCAUAAAGAAUUUCAGCGAUCAUUAGGUGCUAAGCAAGUUACUUAUGAUAGUACAGUGAAAAUAGGUCGUACUCUAAAGGAUAAAUGUCCUAAGCAGGAAGUGCAGUUGAUACAAGACAUGAUGGAUCAGCUGAAAUCACGUUGGAAUAAAGUUUGUUCAAGAUCAGUUGAUAGACAAAGAAAGCUGGAAGAAGCCUUACUAUAUUCUGGCCAAUUUAAGGAUGCUGUCCUAGCUUUGAUUGACUGGUUUGAUAAAUCAAUAUCUCUUUUGUCUAAUAACAAACCUUACCAUGGAGAUUUAGAUACUGUAACUGCUCUUAUAGAUCAACACAAGUCAUUUGAAGAUGAAUUAAAAAAUCGUGGUUUGAGUUUAGAAUCUGUUCGUAAAACAGCUGCUGAUCUAAAACAAGAAGCUACAUCAACAGAUAUUGAGAACAUAUCAACUCAAAUUGAUGAGUUAAAUUUGAAAUGGAAAACUGUUUCUGACUUGAGUGAAAAGAAGAAAAAACAGUUGGACGAAGCAUUAAAAUUGGCCGGACAACUGUAUAAAACGGUACAUAUGCUAUUGGAAUGGCUGUCAGAUGCUGAAAACAAAUUGCGGUUUGUGGGACCCUUACCUGAAGAUGAAGAAACUACAAAACAACAAAUUCAGGAUCAUGAAUUGUUUUUAAAAGAAUUGUCAAAACAGGAAGCCUCUAAAAAUGAAACUAUAGAGUUAGCUCAAACUAUUCUCAAAAAGUGCCAUCCAGAUGCCAUAUCUGUCAUUCGUCAUUGGAUUACUAUAAUUCAGUCUCGUUGGGAUGAGGUAUUUGGAUGGGCUCGUCAACGAGAUCAGCGUCUGAGAGAUCAUUUAUUGUCUUUGAAAGACAUAAAUGACUUGCUUGAUAUUUUAUUAGCUUGGUUGCACAAUGCUGAAUCUACUCUAACAACCUUAGAAGCUGAACCAUUGCCUGAUGAUUUACCAACAUUAGAGAUUUUAAUUAAAGAUCAUCAGGUUUUCAUGAAUGAAAUGUCUAAGAAACAAACUGAUGUUGAAAAAAUAUCUAAGGCUUUUACAUCAAAACGUCAUCAUAAUAAAGGAUUGGCUCCUUCAGCUACUAAAGACAAAUCUAAAGAAAAAUUUCAUCGUACUUCUACUCCCACCUCUUCAAAGACUUUAAACAAUCAGAAUGAUUCAGACAUUAAGCAUCCUAAAGCUGCUCUUCUAUUAGAGAAAUGGCGAGCUGUGUGGCUUCUUGCAAUGGAAAGACAACGAAGAUUACAAGACAAAUAUAAUUAUUUGUUAGAGUUGGAGAGAAUAAAGCAUUUUGAUUUCAAUGAAUGGCGACUUCGGUAUUUAGGAUGGAUGAACAACAAAAAGUCUCGUAUUAUGGAUCAAUUUAAGAAAAUUGAUAAAAAUAAUGAUGGCAAGGUUACUAAACAGGAAUUUAUUGAUGGAACUAUCAAAUCAAAAUUCUCAACUAGUCGCUUGGAAAUGGAGCGUGUGGCUGAUAUAUUUGACCGGAAUGGAGAUGGUUUUAUUGACACUAAGGAAUAUAUUGAAACAUUACGUCCUGAACGAGAGGGUGGUCCAAAAACAGAAGCCGAAAAAAUUCAAGAUGAAGUUCAACGCCAAGUAGCCAAGUGUACAUGUGUUCAUAGGUUCAAAGUUUACCAAGUUGGAGAAGGAAAAUAUCGUUUUGGUGAUUCACAAAAACUUCGUCUUGUUAGAAUAUUAAGAAGUACAGUAAUGGUACGUGUUGGUGGUGGCUGGGUAGCAUUAGAUGAAUUUCUCGUAAAAAAUGAUCCUUGCAGAGCUAAAGGACGAACCAACUUAGAAUUACGUGAGCAAUUCAUAUUGGCCGAAGGAGUAAGCCAGUCCAUGGCUCCAUUCAAACCAAAGCCAAGUCCUAAUUCUUCUGUUUCAUCACAAAGUGGAACUGCCAACUCCAUGACCUCCACUGGCCCAAUUACAAAGAUAAGAGAAAAGAGUGAGAGGAGUACUCCUAUGCGUAAGAGUCGGUCAUCAGCUGAAAACAGCAGUGAUAUUAGUGGACCAAGUUUUAGUGAAACUGAUAGCUUCAGUAACCGCUCUGGAUUAUCUCGAAAUACACCUUCUUCUACUCGACUUAGUCCUAGAAAUUUUAGUUUCAAGUCUUCUAGCAGACCAUCGAGUCGUCAAAGUAGCCAGCCCUCUAGCAGAGCACCCAGUGAUCUGUCUCAAGAUGGCAUUGAUGAUUUUAAGAACAAACGAAAAAUUGCUGGAAAUAUUAUGCAACAAAAAACAUCUACCCCAUCAACGAAUGGAAAAGUUGUAAAAUCUGAUACUUCGAAAAUUCCAUUUGCUAAAAAAGGAAUUAAGCAACCCUCUAACUAUGAUGCUUCAAAGAAAAAAGAAACACAAAAGUAGAGUGCGUUAUCAGAUUUGUGAUAAAACUGAUUCUCCACUUUUCUGUAUUCGAAGUAAUGCAUACUUUUGUUGCUAUUUCUGCUCAAAUACCCCAAAAGUAGAAUUAUUCAUCAAAUUGCAUUUUAAAGAGCCUUAUCAAGCACUUUCACUUGCCAUUGACUAGUGGUUGCGCUUAACUUGCAAAUUAAAGCAUGAGAAGAAAGUGCUAAAUUUGUCUUCAUGAUUGGUUUAACAAAGGCAGCUUAUAUUCACUUACUUAUUCGGUACUCUAAAAUGCUUUCGCUAAGAAAAUAAUUUUAUUUACAUGCUAGUCUACAUUUGCCAAAUGUAUGUAUGAGGUGAUGGAAAAGCAAGCUAUGAGCAGACAUUCCAUUCCAAUGUCUAUGUGAAUACUUUUCUUACAAAUAUAUAUAUGUAUAUGUUAAGUUUCUUUGUUUCAGACUGAAUAUUUUUAGAAUCUCAGUAUUUUUUUCCCUUCAAAUUUUGAAUGAUUAUACAUUAUUUCAAAUUUCUUUUGUAUUUAUUUACAAAUCAAGUUCUAAUGAAUGUAAUAAUGAUUUGAUUUCUUAUGCAACUUUUUGCAGCUGUGGAGCUAAAACUUCCAAGUUGUACAUGUAUAAUGAAAUGCAUGUAUAGCAACCCAUAUAAACUGCAUAUUAGCAGUUUAAGGACAAUUUUCUUGCGCUAAUAUUCUUCAUUAAAUUUUAUACUUACAAAUCACUCUUUCAGAACAUUUAGCGGUUAUGUUAUCAUAAGCUUUACUGAAAAUUUUGAGAAACAAAAGAUAAGUGAAAGAUUUUUGUGCCAAUCAAAACUCUGAAUAAACUUUGCAUUCAGCAUAACAGAUUGUUGACUCUACUCUAAAGUAUAUUUUUAUGAUUGUCAUGUUCAUCAUUCCUUCUAAGAUAUUUUUACUUCUGUGCAGUAAAUGUGUCUAUAUAUAAAAAUGUAAUAAAAUGCACAAUUUUUAUAAUUUCUGUAUAGAAAGUCUAAAAUAAUGGAUUGAAUAUUGUACAAUCAUGUCUUGCCUCUUUGCUAAAAAAAAAACAAAUAAAGGUGUAUAUUGAAA